AUGGCGCAGCUCGACAUCCCUUUGAGGCCAGAGGAGAAGGCUGCAGAGCCGCAAACCGUGUGCGUCACAGGCGCCACAGGCUAUGUGGCAGGCCACAUCGUCGCACGCCUGCUGGCGGCCGGCCAUACGGUCCACGCCACCGCGCGCAACCCUGGCAAUGCCAAGUCUGUCGCCCACCUGGCCUCGCUGCCUGGGGCAGCGGAGCGGCUGAAGCUAUUCAAGGCAGACCUGCUGCAGGAGGGCUGCUUUGACGAGGCCCUCGUCGGCUGCAGCGCCGUGAUGCACACCGCGAGCCCCUACUUCCUCGACUGCCCGCCGGGCAAGGAGGACGAGAUGCUGAUUGGCCCCGCGAUCCGCGGCACGGAGAACGUCCUGAACUCUGUCAACCGGGCGCCGGGAGUCAAGCGGGUGCUGGUGACGUCGAGCGUGGUGGGGGUCUGGGGGGACCCCAAUGAGCGGGGCAAGGGGCACGUCUUCACGGAGGAUGACUGGAACAAGGUGGCCCACCCCAAGAAGUACCCCUACUUCUACGCCAAGAUGAUGGCGGAGCGCCGCGCCUUCGAGAUGGAGCAGGAGGCGGCCGGCAGGUGGAGCUUGGUGACGCUCAACCCAGGCGUCGUCUGGGGGCCGCCGAUCGGCAACCGUGCGGACGGCGAGUCCAUUGAGCAGAUGAUCGACCUGCUGAGCGGAGCGUUCUGGCCUUGGGCGCCCCCUCUGGGUGCGGGCGUGGUGGACGUGCGCGACGUGGCGCUGGCGCACUGCCUUGCGCUGGUGAAGGAGAGCGCAAAGGGACGGUUCCUGCUGGUCAACCAGGAGCGCGGCUGGUACCUGCUGCCGGACGCCGCCCGCAUCCUCCGCCGCAGCGGCGCCUACGGCCGUGCUUGGCUGCCGCCGCUGCUGCCCGAUUACUACGGCCUCAUCGCCCUCGGACCCAUCAUGGGCUGCCCCGUGCCCAUCACCAAGGCGACCUACAAGAAGCGGCCCCUGGUCAGCACCGCCAAGGCGGCGCGCGAGCUGGGCAUCACCGAGUGGAUCCCCAUGCAGCGGUCGGUGCUGGACAUGGCCGCGGACCUGACUAAGAAGGGGAUGGUGCCGGCCUGGAAGCUUCCGGUGGCGUGGCCGGUGCUGGCGGUCGCGGGCGGCGUGGUGGCGUGGCUGGUGUACGUGCUGGGCGGCAGGCUCGGCCUGUUCUGA